AGCGCAAAAGGUUGCCCAUCAUUGGCUUUGGGUGUGCCUCUGGCAGCACGUUUUCCUUAUUUACUAGCAAUCUGGUGAGCAAAUAGGUGAAAGGGGAGGUUUUUGCAACUGCAUGGCAAUCUCUAGAAUGGCAAGCUCCCAGAUGGAAAAGAUGCUCUGCUUUGUGAGUCCAGCUUUCUAUUGACUCCACCCCAGUCGUGGAUGGUGGCAUUCAGUGGUUCAAGACUGCUUGAAAUAGCAGAAGCAGUAUGCUGGGGGUCACCUUCCUGCUGAGCCAGUUUGUGCACCUUGGAAAGAAUGUUUCUAAGUGUUUUCCCUCCGGCCCAGAAGUUUCCUUUUUUCACCCUUGGGGACUGUGACAAUACACUAUCAUAAAACCGCAGGCUGUUCCGAGUGCUCAACAUAGGAUGCUGUUUGUUUCCUUCAGCCUCACUCAGAAAGUGGAAUGGCUAGCUCCAAGGCCGGUUUUGCAAAUGUUGCCUGUUGUGUGAACAAGCCCUUGGUGUUCACCAUUACCUUGGAAUGGACAAUACUGGCAGUACCUAUUAUGUGGAUACGGUAUUUAUUUUAUCAUUGUUAAUAACCCUUUCAUGGUCCAUGGAGUCUUAGUACUGGAUCUCUUUUGGCAAACCUUUUGGCAGGCCUUUUUUCAUCUUCGCCAGGCAAGGAAAUUGGCAUCCUACCUUUCGACAGAAGCAUUGGCAAUGGUAAUCCAUGCAACAGUCAUCACUAGGUUGGAUUAUUGUAAUGCUUUAUACGCCGGCUUUCCGAAGAUAAAAACCCAGAAGAUCCGAAUGGUCCAAAAUGCGGCAACCAGGCAGCCAGCGGGAUCAUCUAUAAGAUCCCAUAUUACACCGAUUCUGAAACAACUGCAUUGGCUACCAAUAGAACAUUGGAUCUCUUACAAGAUAUUGAUCCUGACAUUUAGAGCUCGAACUGGCCAAGGACCAUUAUAUCUUAGGGACCGCCUCAUUCCUUUUUUCCAUCAGUGGUCACCUCGAUCCUCCCUGGAAAAUCUCCUAUAUGUACUGGGCCCUAGGGAGGUACACCUGGAAGCUACAAGGCACAGAGCCUUUUCGAUCAAUGCUCCAAUUCUGUGGAACUCAUUGCCUCUAUAUGUUAGAGCAAUGUCGGAGUUGCGACCUUUUGGAAAAGUGCUCAAGACUUGGCUGUUUGGUUGUGCAUUUAAGUAAAUCAGAUCUAAUCUGUCAAAUAGUCACUGUUGAAUGUUUUUAUAUUGUGGAAUGAUAUUUUAAAUUGUAAGUCGCUCGGAGCACUCUGGUGGAGAGCGACUAAUUAAGAAAUAAAGUGAAGUAAAGUGAAGUGAAGUGAAGUGAAGUGAAGAAACUGAUGCUGGAAAGAUGCAAAUCUGAAAGGAAUUAGGUUAAGGAGCAAUGGUCUUAUGUGGAAAUGGAUCACUUAAGCGGACUCCCUAUCUCUCAGAACUGUGUUCCUUCUUCUCUUCCUCCUUUCCUUAAAGGGACAGGCCCAUUGGCUUUUGGUGGCCCUGAUUGGCUCGAGGUCCACGAAGCCUAGCCCUUCUUGGCUACACAACUGUGCGCUUGCCCUUGUGCAACUAUCUUAUGAGGUGGACCACUGGGAUGUUCUAUGGUGUUGGUUUUAUAAAACGAUUCGGGUUUUUUCUCUAGUCAGCUUAGCCAAAAGCAAACCACUGCAGCCUCUCCUAGCUGGUGUCUCUUCAUAAUAAUUUUUGCCAUCUUAGCCUCUGGUGGCACAGUGUGUUAAAGUGCUGAGCUGCUGAACUUGCGGACCGAAAGGUCCCAAGUUCAAAUCCCGGGAGCGGAAUGAGCGCCCACUGUUAGCCCCAGCUCCUGCCAACCUAGCAGUUAGAAAACAUGCCAAUGUGAGUAGAUCAAUAGGUACCGCUCCUAUUGGCAGGAAGGUAACGGCGCUCCAUGCAGUCAUGGCAGUGGCCACAUGACCUUGGAGGUGUCUACGGACAACGCCGGCUCUUCGGCUUAGAAAUGGAGAUGAACACCAACCCCCAGAGUCGGACACAACUGGACUUAACGUCAGGGGAAACCUUUACCUUUACCUAACCACACUUGGACAUUCAUUGACCACACAUGUUUCAGAUUCCAUCUGUGAAAUGUUGGAGGACAUGUGGCACCUCUAGUACCGGACGCAGGAUGACUCUCCUACAUUGUACCAAGGCAUAGUCAUAAAGCAAACAAGGAAAGGAACAACCCCACGGACAGGGAGUUGGACCGUUGUCCUUUCCUCUUUCCUUUCCCACUGUGCCAUUGCCAACCCAGUGAGAUCUUUGCAGAGUAGUUAAUGUUUAUAUGCCAUGGAUCGUGCCAUGGCAUAUCAACUUGUGUUGACUAGGCUGGGCAUAUUAUUCUACAGGGAAGCUUCAUGGUCAGCUUCCACUUCGGUAAUUUCAGAUUCUUCUCUUGUUAAUGAUGAAUGAUUCCACCAACAUCAACCAGUCCUCUCCUCCCGCAGGAGAACUACUGGUCACCAGCAUGGUUCCUAGUACCACCUUGCAGCUAGUUGUCCUCCCAAUGUUGACCGGCACUGGCCACUUCGUUGUGGCUGAUGGCUCCCAACACCGAACAGAACAGAACGCCUCUCAGGAUAACCAGCACCUCUUUUUGACCACUUCAACAGCCAAGGCUGUCUCAGGACUCUUUGUGUGGGCUGCGCUCUUCAUCACUUUCCACCAGAUAUUCUUGCACUUGAAAAACUACACCGUCCCCAAUGAGCAGCGCUACAUCAUCCGCAUCCUCUUCAUUGUGCCCAUCUAUGCCUUUGACUCUUGGCUUAGCCUCUUGAUGAUUGGCAGCCACCAGUACUAUGUUUACUUCGAUUCUGUCCGUGACUGCUAUGAAGCGUUUGUGAUCUACAGCUUCCUAAGCCUUUGCUUCGAGUAUCUCGGAGGGGAGAGCACCAUCAUGGCAGAGAUCCGAGGGAAGCCUAUAGUGUCCAGUUGUAUCUAUGGCACGUGCUGUUUGCAAGGGAUGUCCUAUUCAAUCGGGUUCCUCAGGUUUUGCAAGCAGGCCACACUCCAGUUCUGCAUCGUAAAACCUCUGAUGGCUCUCAUCACCAUCAUCUUGCAAGCUUUUGGGAAAUAUAACGAUGGAGAUUUCAAUGUCCACAGCGGCUACCUCUAUAUCACCAUCAUCUACAACUUUUCUGUCAGCCUGGCCCUCUAUGCCCUCUUCCUCUUCUACUUCGCCACCAUGGACCUUUUGCGCCCCUUUGAGCCUGUCCUCAAGUUCCUCACCAUCAAAGCUGUGAUCUUCCUCUCCUUCUGGCAAGGGAUGUUGCUGGCAAUCCUGGAGAAAUGUGGAGUGAUCCCAGAGGUCCAGAUCAUUGAUGGCAAGGCCGUGGGAGCUGGGACUGUUGCUGCCGGUUAUCAGAAUUUCAUCAUAUGCAUCGAGAUGCUCUUUGCUUCCAUCGCUCUCCGAUACGCGUUUACCUGCCAGGUCUACCGGGAAAAAAAGGAAAACGCAACAGCCACCCUUGCUCCAAUGCAGAGCAUCUCCAGCGGACUGAAGGAAACCAUGAGUCCUCAAGAUAUAGUCCAGGACGCCAUACAUAACUUCUCCCCAGCCUACCAGCAAUAUACGCAGCAGUCCAUGCAGGAGGCAGGGGUGAGGGCAUAUGGACAGAACGGGCACGUGGAACCCAAAGUGGAUGCCCCGCAUGGCAGGAGGAGCAAAAACAUUGAGAAAAGGGUGUUGAUCAUAUCCGACGAUGAGAUAUAAAAUGUAUCUGGAGGAGAAAUGGAACUAAGGAAAACCUCAAUCUUGGCAGCUGUGAACUGAAUUGGACCAUGCUAGGUUGACCAGUUCAAUGAAGCUGAGAUGUCCCUCACAGAUUAGGGCAAUAGGUUGCAGCUUCAAGGAAGACUGGAAACAUGAAUGCUGCUUUCUCAGACAUGCAAAGGUUUGCUCUUUUUCGUUCUUCAUAUGGCAUCUGUUGCUACUCAAAUCACUUUCCUCCUGUUUUGGGAAUAAGCAAACGAGGACACACAAAGUUCUAGGAAGUCAUGUGAGAUUGCUUUUAAAAUGUUCUUGGCCUCAUGCCUGAAGGUAGAAUUUCCUAACACGAUUUAGUUCAGAAAUUCAAACUGACAUUUGGAACAAUGAGUUAUAUAGCACAAUUAUAUUUGGGAUAUUUUUAAAAAAUCAUCCAAGAGCUGUAGCGACGCAAGGGGUUAAACUCUUGUGCCGGGUAAUGCACAAAUAAACUCUUGUGCCGACUGAACUGCUGAAGCUUAAGCAGCUAAGGGUGAAAUGGAAGAGACCUGAGGCUGUUAGGAAUUGUGGGAGUUGGAGUCCAAAACACCUGGAGAGCCCAAGUUUGCCUAUGCCUGGGCUAGAGGAACUGAAGUUUACCCUAUCUGGAGAGCAGAGGCCAAGUCUGUGUUUGGUAGAUUCUUCAUUAGGACCACAAAAAGAUUUCAAAGUAUGAGUGAAUUUUCCAGAAUUCUUCAGCAAAGUGAUUCUUUAUAAAAUGAGGGGAAAAAUGCAAAUCCAGAAAUCAGUUAUACUGGUCAUUGCAUGUCUCUGAUGCCGGACUCAUCUCUAACCUUGGCAAGUCUAUAAAAUUCUGCUGCAAUGAAGGGACUGUAGCUGUGCAAAAAAACCUUUUCCAUGGAUAAAAUGCACAAGGGAGUUAGUUUAAGGGUUUUCUAAAAAAUGGAAAACUACUAAAUAAUCUUUCUCUGAGGAUGGUCUGUUUGCUUGUUUGUCCUGGACAGUGUAACUCUAUAAUUCUGCUCUGGAUGCUCCUUCUUCUAGCAAGAGGAGGUGAUUGGUGGGAGUCUGAGUGUAAACUUGUAAAUAUGAAAUUAUUUAUAAAUACUUUUCUAAUAAAAUAAAAUAAAAAUCCCA